UCCUCUGUUUUAACUUUUCUGAUGAAAUGCUUAGUGGGUUGUUUUAGUUUGAGUGAGGUGAGGUGAGGUGAGGGUGGGGGUGGUGGUCAGCUGCUAGUCUCCCGGUGAGUGAAAAAAUAUCCCAGCUCUAAAACCCCUAUUCCUUUUUCUCAUGUAUCAAUUUUGAAAACCCAUUACGUGAAAUCCUUGCAUUGCGGCUGAAGGCGUUCAGGUUAACAGCAACACUCUAGCUUCAAUUUCGUAAUGUUGAUUUCACGUUGGGUUCUUGUUGCAGUUUAAAGGGCAACUUCGGGUUAUGGUUCCGAGGCCUUUCUGCAGUUAUUUUGGGGAUUUCUAUCUGGGUUUUCAUUCGGUGCUUGUAAUUCUUUUGGUAGUGAAGAAGAAGUCUUUAACUUGGGAAUUAGUUGAUAAGGUUUCCGCCGUUUGUGAUUGUGUAAAAGCAACUACGGUUUGAAACUUUCCAUCAAUGGCUACAUGCACAUCCCCUUAUUUCACCCCUCCAGAUACUCGUAGGCCCACAGGAGUACUGACAGUCCUUGGGGCCAGAGUUUCCCCGUUGAAAAUGGUCGAAGAAAGGAACGGGUUUUCAAGUGUUAGUAAAAAAUGUGGUUCAAAUUUCCUUCAGCUCAAAUGUUCAGCAAACUCACACAGUUUUAAUCAAUUUCAAAGUAAGGACCCAUUUCUGAAUCUACACCCGGAGGUGUCGCUGCUUCGAGGUGGAACAAAUUCUACAAUGACCAACCCUAAACAGGAAAGCUCGAGCAGAGAUGUUACUGAGAGUUUGAGAGAAUCGUCAAGUUCAAAUAAUUAUAACGAAGCCAAGAUUAAGGUUAUUGGUGUUGGAGGUGGUGGCUCAAAUGCAGUCAAUCGUAUGAUAGAGAGUGCAAUGAAGGGGGUUGAGUUCUGGAUUGUUAACACUGAUAUUCAGGCCAUGAGGAUGUCACCCGUUUUCCCCGAGCAUCGCUUGCAGAUAGGUCUAGAGCUGACCCGAGGACUUGGUGCUGGUGGGAACCCAGAUAUUGGAAUGAAUGCUGCUAAAGAAAGCAAAGAAUCUAUAGAGGAGGCAGUUCGUGGAGCAGACAUGGUCUUUGUGACUGCAGGAAUGGGUGGGGGAACAGGCACUGGUGGAGCUCCUGUAAUUGCUGGAGUUGCAAAGUCUAUGGGUAUUUUGACUGUUGGUAUAGUCACCACUCCAUUUUCUUUUGAGGGACGAAGAAGAAUCGUUCAAGCCCAUGAAGGAAUUGCAGCUUUAAGAGAAAAUGUUGACACUCUAAUUGUCAUUCCAAAUGAUAAACUACUGAAUGCAGUUUCUGCGUCUACACCAGUAACAGAAGCAUUCAAUCUUGCUGACGAUAUUCUGCGGCAAGGAGUUCGUGGUAUCUCUGAUAUAAUCACGAUACCAGGAUUAGUAAAUGUAGAUUUUGCUGAUGUGCGAGCCAUUAUGGCUAAUGCAGGUUCUUCUUUAAUGGGAAUAGGAACUGCAACAGGUAAGACCAGGGCUAGAGAUGCUGCUUUAAAUGCCAUACAGUCUCCUUUGCUGGAUAUUGGUAUAGAGAGAGCUACUGGAAUUGUGUGGAAUAUAACUGGAGGCAGUGAUCUAACAUUGUUUGAGGUAAAUGCAGCAGCAGAAGUCAUAUAUGAUCUUGUGGACCCAAGUGCUAACCUAAUAUUUGGUGCUGUGGUAGAUCCGUCGAUAAGUGGUCAAGUCAGCAUAACUUUGAUUGCCACUGGUUUUAAACGUCAAGAGGAAAGUGAUGGGCGGGCCGUUCAGGCAAAUCAGCUGGCGCAAGGAGAUCCAAACCUCGGUUUCAAUAGACGGCCAUCAUCCUUCUCAGAAAGCGGUUCUGUGGAGAUUCCGGAAUUCUUGAGGAAGAAAGGACGCUCCCGUUUUCCUAGAGCCUAAUUCCCUCAUACAGGGUGCUGCCUUCAAGCAAUCCAAUCUCUUCUUUCUUUUUCAGAGUGCUGUUUCUCGUGUCUGUACAGGAUUUUGGUUUUCGUGCAAUGUGAAUCUUAGCUUUGAGAAAGAAAACCAGCAACCAGUGAACAAACCUUUCCUUAAAAAGAAAAAAUAACGAUGUAUGAGUUGGAGAGUGUUGAAGUUUGUUAGUAGCAGCAGUAAUACAAACUGGAGAUCUUGUAAAACGACUAAAUGAGGCUGUAGUUGCAUAUUUUUGCCUAUCCUUCAUGGUGAGCAAGUCAAUGAAUUUGAUUAGUUGGUGCUAUA